GCUGGGUACAAAGACUUGGAAGCUGCAGGGAUGGGGGCGAGCACGGGAGAGCCUAAAGCGAGUGCGACGCCGACUCGGGCAUCGACAAUUCAACAAAAGUAGACGCACCAGAAAGAGGCACAGCGGUGCAACGCGCGGUAAUUCACUGCUGCCGACUUUCGUCGCCUGGUUACCAUCCUUCACUCUCUUCACUCUCUUCACUCUCUCCAACUACUCCUCUUCCAUCCUUGUCCCCGUGUCCCCGUCCACUGCGCUCAAAGAGCUAGUCUACUAAACAACUCUUCUCAUCACGUCUGAUCUUGUCCAUACUUGCCACCGUGCCGCCUUCCGCACCUUCACGCCAUUUGCUCCGCCGCGCCGUCGCGCCUCCAGUAACUCCUUCUCUCAAACCCCUGUCCAUUCCGACACGUCCACGCGCCGCCCCCUCUCGCCCACCAAGAACGACAGAGGCGAUGCGCGCCGGAGCCCUAUAUGCCCUUGGGCUCCUCCUCGCGAUCGCUAGCCUCUGCUCUAACGCCGCCGUUGCCGGCAAGUGGUAUGACCGUGUCGGCCACGUCCUCAUCAACGCCCGAUUAUGGGCGUGCAUCACCUUGCUCGAGGCAUGGAACGCGCUUACAGUCGUCUACUUUCUGCUUUCUGUCCGCUUCCGCCGCUCCGGGAAGAUAGACGCGUUGGCUCUCGGCCUCCUCUCCGUACUCGGAUUUAGCGCAGCGUCCGCAUCUACUGUCGCCGGUUACCUCGAGUUCGCUCAAUGCGCAGGGUAUAACCGGCGAUGUGCCAUGGCCGCAGCAGGCUGGGUGCUUAAUUGGAUCUCGGCGUCAUAUAUCCUCGUCCUCCUCGUCCUCAAGGUACGCCAGGGCGUGUCCUGGUCCGAUGAGGGCGCCUACUCCCCGACUGAGACGACGCACCUCGCGUAUCCUCAAGACAACCUGCAAACGGAGCGGAAGACUGGCAUGAUUGUGUGAUGGUGAUGGUGAUGCAGGGCGCAAGGGGAAGGAGAGGGCGCCGUGGGUCCAACUGCCCGCGCCGCUAGGCCACCAAGUGUAACAUACGUUUUGCCACGUCAUGUACGACCUGUACGAAAUGUAUUGACCCCAUGUGUUUCGA